UCGGACGAGAGGUUUUACAAUGAAGAAGAGGAAGAAGAGUUCUCAAUGUUGGCUGUCUUUUGAGGAAAUUCCUUUGGGUGAGGAUUUGAUUGAGCGUGCAAAAUGCAAGAAAUGUGGAGCAAUACUCAAAUGUGAUUCGGCAACAGGGACAGGUAGCAUGUUACGUCAUCACAAUUCGUGUUCUACUUCCUCUGCUAGUAAUGUUGUUUCACCACAAUCUGCCAUACGUUCUCCUAAGUUUCAGUAUGAGAGAUUCUGUGAGUUAUUGAUAGAAGCUAUUAUCAAACAUGAUUUACCUUUCAGCUUUGUUGAGUAUGAGGGUAUAAGAGAUGUAUUUUCCUAUAUCUCUCCUGCACUUAAACUCCCUUGCAGAAAUACCGUUAAAGCCCAUGUGUUGAAGUUAUUUAAGGGUGAAAAAGUGAAACUUCAAACUUUGUUGAGUUCGGUUCAAGGGAGACUUUGUUUGACUGCUGAUUUGUGGACCUCUUUAGCAACUGAUGGGUAUUUGACAAUUACGGCUCACUUUGUUGAUUCGGAAUGGAGAUUGAGAAAGAAGAUUAUAAAUUUCUGUCAUAUGCCUCCUCCGCACAAUGGUGUUGCACUAGCUGAUAAGGUAAAUACCUUGAUAGGAGAGUGGGGAAUUGAAAAGAAUUUGUUUUCAAUUACCUUAGAUAAUGCCACUGCCAAUGAUUCCUUUGUUGAAAAAUUGAAGACUAAGUUGAACUUUAGAGGAUUGCUCAUAAUGGAUGGCAAAUUCUUUCAUGUUCGGUGUUGUGCGCAUAUCUUGAACUUGAUAGUUCAAGAUGGGUUGAAGGCAAUUGAUCCCUCUGUGAUAAAGGUACGUGAUUGCAUCAAAUACAUAAAGGGUUCUUCGGCAAGAAAAGAAAGAUUUUUGGAGUGUGUUGCACAAGUUGGAUUGAGAGGCAGUAGAAGAGGCUUGAGGCAAGAUGUGCCUACUAGGUGGAAUUCUACUUAUUUGAUGCUUGAUAGUGCUCUCUACUAUCGCCGAGCUUUGAUGAAUUUGGGCUUAAGUGACAAUGAUUUCAAGUUGUGUCUUGUUGCUGAUGAGUGGGAUAAAAUAGAGAAGAUUACCAAGUUUUUGGGGUAUUUUUAUGAAGUAACGUGCCUAUUUUCUGGAACAAAAUACCCUACUUCAAACUUGUUCUUUCCGAAGGUGUUCAUUGUUCAGCAUAGUAUACAGGAAGCCAUGAGGGAUCACGAUAGUUUCAUGAGACGGAUGGGGAUGGGCUUAUGACAAGCUUUAUGGUCCAGAUUCUUCACAAUUAGAGGUCUUUAAUGACACAUUGUCUUCCUUAUUUGAUGCAUACGUGGAGAAGAGCUUCGAUCCUAAUGAUUCAAAUUACUCAAUGGAUGAGGGUUCUUCUCAAGCACAAGGCGAUCACAGCUUACUUGAGGCUUUUGAUAACGCUUACAAAAUUGGUUCGAGUUCAAGUAUGAAGACAGAAUUGAGCAAGUAUUUGGAUGAAGCAAGGCUAGAAAGAAAGCAAGAGUUGGAUGUACUUUCUUGGUGGAAAAUGGAGCAAAUCCGAUAUCCUAUUCUUUUUCAUCUAGCUCGUGAUGUGCUCACAAUUCCCAUUUCUACCGUUGCAUCUGAAUCGGCCUUUAGCAUUGGCGGGAGAGUUUUAGAUCAAUACCGCAGCUCACUGUUGCCUGACACAGUUCAAGCUCUGCUUUGUACUCGAGAUUGGAUUUUUGGUAACAAAGAAAAAGAGCGUGCCGAAUUGGAGGAUCUUACUGAAGACGUAUUUGAUUUGACAUUGCAAGAUAGAUCUGGAGAAGGAGAAAGUCGCAAUUAAGAUGACUUAGACAUAUUUUAUUUAGUACAUUAAAUAUGUAUUUCGAACCUAUUUCAAUCUU